ACAGCAAUACAAUGCAGAGUGACCAGUUCUUAGAAUAGGGAAAAAUGCAUAAAAGGUGUAAAAAGGUGCAAUUUUCGAGCGAGUAGAGAAAAUUGUAUUGAACGAAAAGUUGAAAGAACGUCUACAGCGACAAGCCGCAGGGUGAAAAACUUAAAUUUUGUAAAAUUAUCUGCUGCAUUUGAUUAGAAACGUCAAAAUGAAUGAAGAAUAUGACGCGAUUGUUUUGGGCACUGGUCUGAAGGAGUGUAUAUUGAGCGGCAUGCUCUCUGUUUCGGGCAAGAAAGUUCUACAUAUUGAUCGGAACAAAUACUAUGGUGGCGAGUCAGCAUCUAUUACGCCUCUGGAGGAGCUCUUUCAAAGGUUUGGCUUGGAAGCGCCGGGCGAAAAGUUUGGGCGUGGACGUGACUGGAAUGUGGACUUGAUUCCAAAGUUUCUAAUGGCCAACGGCCAGUUGGUGAAACUGUUGAUACACACGGGCGUUACCCGUUAUCUGGAGUUCAAGUCAAUUGAGGGCAGUUACGUUUACAAGGGUGGAAAAAUUGCCAAAGUGCCGGUGGAUCAAAAAGAGGCACUGACAUCUGAUCUCAUGGGUAUGUUUGAGAAGCGCCGAUUCAGAAGCUUCUUAAUCUAUGUGCAAGACUUCAGAGAGGAUGAUCCAAAGACAUGGAAGGACUUCGAUCCAACCAAAUCGAAUAUGCAAUCUAUGUACGACAAGUUUAGCUUGGACAAAAACACGCAGGAUUUCACUGGCCAUGCUCUUGCUCUAUACCGUGAUGACGAAUACCUAAAUGAGCCAGCGGUUAAUACCAUAAGGCGCAUUAAGCUGUAUUCGGACUCGCUAGCAAGAUAUGGAAAGUCUCCAUAUCUGUAUCCCAUGUACGGCCUGGGAGAGUUGCCGCAAGGCUUCGCCCGUCUGUCAGCCAUCUAUGGCGGCACCUAUAUGUUGGACAAGGCCAUCGACGAGAUUGUACUAGGCGAAGGCGGAAAAGUUGUGGGCGUUCGUUCCGGCGACGAGAUCGCCAAGUGUAAGCAGGUCUAUUGCGAUCCUAGCUAUGUUGCCGAUAAGGUGCGCAAGCGCGGCAAAGUUAUUCGUUGCAUUUGCAUCUUGGAUCAUCCAGUGUCAAGUACCAAGGAUGCGCUCUCCACUCAAAUUAUCAUUCCACAAAAGCAAGUCGGCCGCAAGUCAGAUAUAUAUGUAUCAUUGGUCAGCUCCACUCACCAAGUGUCAUCCAAGGGCUGGUUUGUGGGCAUGGUCUCCACCACUGUGGAGUCUAAUAACCCGGAGGCGGAGAUCAAGCCUGGACUUGACUUGCUCGAACCGAUCGCACAAAAGUUUGUGACCAUUUCGGACUACUUGGAGCCGGUCGAUGAUGGUCAGGAAUCGCAGAUUUUCAUCUCGGAAUCCUAUGAUGCCACCACACACUUUGAGACCACUUGUUUGGAUGUUUUAAACAUCUUUAAGCGCGGCACCGGAGAAACGUUUGAUUUCUCCAAGAUUAAGCAUGAGCUUGGUGAUGAAGAUCAGUAAAUGAGUAGUAAAGUGUGGAAUUUUUCGGUAAAUGGAUGUUCGCUUAUGGCGCGCGUCAGUCAUGGUGUAAUCAUGGUGUCGUAUAGCUCAACAACAGAGAACACCGAAUAUUACUUUAAAAUCAAUUAAUGACAUUGUGCGGCCGUUGCAAAACCCAAUACCAGAUAUUUGAAAAACAAUACGAAAUUAUAAAUGAAAAUAGAAACAUGAAAAUGAAAAGUAUUUAAAGUGCAACUCGCUUUUCUAUCAAAUUAAGAAUGCUUUGAACCAUUUGUGACGACAUCUUAGACAUGUAAUAAACAAAAAUUUGCUUGCUUCUCACAAUAUGGAAUAUGACUAGGAGAAAAUACAUACAUACAUGAAUUAUAAUAAAAUACACAAGCAUAUGGCAUAGGUAGCAUGCUAGCCAAACAUGACUGUUGUAAAAUAUA